GCUAGCAAACAAUAUGGCGGGCUGUAUGUACUUUCCAACUUGAACGAUUUUAUUUUUGCAACGUGUUUUAGUUAAAUUUCAUUUGAGAAAAUGGCAAACAUGGCAGCUUCAAUGAAGGGCCAAAAGCCCGAACUGAAGUUUUAUCUUCGUUCGAACAAGCUUCCAGAUAUAUACGAGGCACUCCUGACUGGAUUAGCAGUAAUGUGUCCUGAUGACCCCCUUCAGUUUAUCCUGGACAAGCUCAGGGCCCUGAAAGAAAAUGGAAUGGAUGAACUCAAUUGGGAUAUGUUUGUGGAAGAGCACAUGAAGCCUCCAAACAAAGUCAUCACAGAGAGCAAUCUGGAGUUUAUCUUUAACCUUGACGAUGAGAGUAUGAUUGAUUUUAUAGACAUUCCGGUCAACAUUCAGAGAGGACAAGGGUAUUUUGGUGGCCGAUUUGAAGGCAUUACAAAGAGCCGUACAAUCUGGCCCACUCCUGAAAUGUACGCGACAGCUUACGGACAUUACAACAUGAGCCUUAAGAACAUGUGCUUCAGUGCCUGGAUGCAGUAUUAUUUGCACAAAAAGAAGAAGAAGAGGGCUAUGGAGAAGAAAAUGCAGAUAGCAGCACUGCACCAUGCCCAUAGAAUUCUGAGAGUUCACCUCAAUGUGUGGAGAGACUGGUUGAGAUACAGAAAGGGAUGCCAGGCCAUGGCCUACCACAAGUUGAAGAGGAUCUACUUUGUCAGUGUUGGAAUUGUACUGUUCCGAGAAUGGCGGGCAGUGGCCAAACGCAACAAGGAUCAGAGAGAAUACUUUGAGAUCAGCCUGCGGAGACUGGAGCGGGGGGAGAAUGUGGACGAUGAGGAGACAUUUGGUCAGGGAGAUGGGGACGCUCAGGACAAAUUAUCUGGACAGCUGGGCAUUGAACUGGCUGUAAAGGUAUUUAGUUUCCUGGACAUUGCUGACUUGGCCAGGUGUGCCUGUGUGUGUAGAUCCUGGAAGGUCAUUGCCUACCACUCCUCUCUCUGGAAUAGGCUGGAUUUUAGUAAAGUGAGAAACAGAUUGGCCUAUGGAGUGACAGACAUGGUAACCACAAAGCUUCUCUCUAAAUGUCGGCCAUACCUGAUCCACCUCAGCAUGAGAGGAUGUUCCCAGCUUCGCUCCCCUACCUUCAUGGCUCUCAGUGAAUGUAGGAAUUUACAGGACCUCAACCUGUCGGAGUGUAAGGGACUUGAUGAUGAAUCCCUGAAGUUAGUUGUCAAAGGCUGUAAAAUUAUUCUAUAUCUCAACCUUUCCCAUACCUUUAUAACAGAUGCCUCCCUGAGGACCAUAUCCAAAUACUGCCACAAUGUCCAGUACAUGAGCCUGGCCUACUGUAAGAAGUUCUCAGACAGAGGCCUACAGUAUCUGUCAGCAGGAAAAUGUAGCAAGAAACUGGAAUACCUGGAUCUGUCUGGAUGUCUCCAGAUAACUCCGGAUGGUUUUAAGAGUCUUUCACAUGGCUGUACAAUGCUGCAGACUCUCAUUCUGAAUGAGUUUCCCACCCUGAAUGAUGACUGCAUGAUAGCAAUAGCUGCUAAAUGUACAAAGAUUAACACUCUGUCUAUCCUUGGGUCUCCACUGCUGACGGAUGAGACAUUCAAACGACUUGCCAACAACAGACACAUCAAAAAACUACGAAUAGAAGGUAAUCAGAGAAUAUCAGACCUUUCCUUGAAGGCAAUAGGUAAAAACUGUACAGACUUAGAACACCUGUACUUGGCAGACUGCCAGAGAUUGACGGAUGCGUCACUGAAGGCCAUCGCAAACUGUUCAAAACUUGUCGUCUGUAACAUAGCUGACGUUGUCCAAAUAACAAACACAGGAGUACAGAACUUGGCCGAGGGUACAUGUGCUGCUUCUCUUAGAGAGCUUAACCUGACCAACUGUAUACGAGUGGGAGAUAUGGCCAUGUUUAACAUCAGAAAGUUUAAAAAUCUGGUGUACCUAAGUGUUUGCUUCUGUGAACACAUCAGUGAGAAAUCAGGGAUAGAACUUCUGGGUCAGUUGCAUGCUUUAGUGUCCCUGGAUAUUUCUGGAUGCAACUGUUCUGAUGAGGGUUUGUCUUCAUUGGGAAAGUACAACAAUCACCUAAGGGACGUAACUCUGUCGGAGUGUGCUGACAUCACUGAUUUAGGGCUGCAGAAAUUUACACAACAAUGUAAAGAUAUAGAAAGGCUGGACCUGUCUCACUGCAAGUUGUUGACAGACGGUGCCAUCAAGAACCUGGCCUUCUGUUGUCGGUAUCUGACCUCCCUCAACCUAGCAGGCUGUAAACUGAUAACAAACCUGAGUAUUCAGUACCUGUCAGGUGUUUGUCAUCAUCUUCACACACUAGACAUUAGUGGCUGUAUCAUCAUAACAGAUAAGGCUUUGAAAUAUCUACGCAAAGGCUGCAAAAAGCUGAAGUAUCUAACCAUGUUAUAUUGUAAAGGAGUCACUAAACACGCUGCUAUGAAGAUGAUGAGGCAUGUUCCUGCUUUGAAGUACAGCGAUGACGAAAUCCCAAUCUAUUAUGGAUAUAAGUGAAGUAUGACAUUUUAUGUGGGCUGUUUGUGUGAAAGGAUUUACCUCGACAUGUUAUUUGCCCAUUAAUGGGCUGUGUUUGCUGAGAAUGGAAUAGAGAGAUACAUGUAUAAAUCUGACUUUGUUCAAGGCAGAAAUAACUUUUUGUCUCAGACUGUGAAAGUGCAGAUUGACUUUAUCAGGAAAAAACUGUGAUUCAUUUUACAUGCUGUGAUAUUUUAUAAUGAUUUUGAUGAACUUGAGAAACUUAUUUCAAGGGAAGUUGAAUGUUUAUCAAACGCUGCAUGAUUUUUUUUCUCCAUUUUGUAAAGAAAUGUUUCC